AUGUUCCACCGCAGUCGCCCAACUACUACUCGCACUUCAAAGCCCACUUUGAUGACUCGUCUACGUGGUCCUUAUGCCCGGAAGAAGACUGUCAAAGUUACAACAGAAACCCAUCCUUCCCACUCUAGACAUGGCUAUGGAACUACCUCCCAUCCUGGUCAUACCAGACGUGGCUACGGAACUACCACCCAUGCCGGUCGUGGCUACGGGACUACAGCCCAUCACCACCACCGCAAAGCCUCCUUGGGAGACAAAGUCUCUGGUGCAAUGCUGAAGUUGCGGGGAAGUUUGACUGGUCGUCCAGGAGUUAAGGCUGCUGGUACUCGUCGCAUGCAUGGAACUGAUGGUCGAGGAAGCCAUCACCAUGUCUAUUGA